GUCACGACAGUAAAUCGCCCCUCCUCGGGGGAUCCGUUCACAUACUUUUGCUCCAAUUAAGCGCGCAGCUGAUCUCUUUAGGAGGUUACGACCAGCUCGGCAGUCGAGGGUCCGCUACGUCCGGCUAGGCACAUGUCUUGGUAGGAAAUGUCAUCCAUCGUUAGCAUACGACUGCUUCAUACCUUUACACCUACCUAAGCUUAUGCGACAUGUCUGGAUACCGUGUAUUCUCUUCAAAGAGGGCCCUCAUACUGAAAACGACGACCUACGCGAUCCUGAUAUCAUUCUAGCGGAACACAAGAGACGGACACAUCAACCGCUAUCGCCAAACUGUGAGAAGGUAGAGCUUCCUGGGUUUCCAGUUCCUGUUCUUAGAUAUAGGCCGGAAAACGCUGUCUAUACGGGAUUCCUGGUUGUAGGAGGGGGAGGUGUGUACGAUAAUUCACAUCUACAUUCAAAAUACCAUGCGCAUAUGGCGAACUCCCUCAUGUGCGAACUACUUGUACCUCAGUAUCGUUCAGCGGUUCAGGAGCCCUUCCCAGCGAGCCAGAAAGAUAUUAGCGCUGCUUUAGACUGCUUUCUAGACUUAUUCAGAGGACGAAAGACUAUACUCAUCGGUGAAUCUUUCGGAGGGUCGCUCUUACAUAAUGCCUUAUGUUGGACUAGAUGCGAUAUCGAGUCUACUUCUCGGCUCGAAGAAAAAGACGAGGAUAGGAACGCCGACCGUUUCCUUGCAUUCUUCGAUAUAAUCAAUCCCAAUCAAGAGGCAGAGUCAUAGUAUGCUCAGUGCUCGCCCUCGGCACAGACCCUUCCAGGAAGCCUACCUCCGGCUCAAUCUAUUUAUGCUGAAGCAGAGUGCAUCUCCCAAGAUGUCGUGGCGAUGCACCGGAUGUGGCACCCUAGCUUAGUUGUUCUCACUCCGGUGCCGGAUGUCGAUCAUGGCUUCCUAUUUGGUGAACAGGAGGGUGAUUUACCGGAGACAGUAAA